UGACACAUGCGAUUGACUCGAAGACGGAUCAGCCAGUCAGUCAGUCAGUCAGGCAUGCACUGAACACACCACCACACCAUCACACCAUCAAUCACACCAGCCACCAAUACAGGCAGGAGAGUGUCAGUCAGUCCACGUGCAGAUGCAUACGUACGGGCAUCCCAUUUCCCCCCACACGGCCCCAUUCAUUCAAAAGAGGGAAGCAAAAAGGCGAAGCAAGGAGAGAGAGUGGUCACCCACACCCAUGUCUCUCACACACACCUGUUACCUGUCGUGUGAGCCAGCCUGUAUAUCCAUCCGUAUGUCUGGAUGGGGCAGCAACCAUCCAUCCCAGCAUCAGUCAGUCACAAACAGGGAGGGAGUGGCUCAAUCAGGCAGGUAGGCAGGUAACCCCCCUGUCUACUGGGACCCGUAUAUAUAUACGAGCGAGGAUCCACCCACCUCCAUACACAAACAUCACAUACCAAAGCACGCCACGACAUACAUAUCAACCCCCACCUCGCCUCGCCUCGCCUCGCCCCCUCUCACUCAACCAGCCACCAAUGCCGCAAUCCGACCUACCUUCCUUCCUUCCUCACAUCAUGGCCUCCCACCCCACCCAACACCCUCCCCCCCUCCCCCUCCAUCCCUCCCUCCCUCCCCCAAUCAAUCACUCACGCACCAGUGGCCCUUCCACUAGCACAUGCACAUGCUGCGGCAGCAGCGGCACUGGCACUGGCCGUCCCACUCGCUGCUGCUGCAGCAGCUGCAGCUGCAGGGGGUGGGGCAGCCGCAGCAGCAGCAGCAGCCGGUGGGCUCCUGUCGGUGCGUGCCUUCUUCUGUGGCGGGGGGACAGCCCCCGAUGCCCUCCGCCCCUUGCUGUUGCUAGUGGGUGGGUCCUGCAUGACGGCGCCUCUGGCGUUGUUGUUGCGGCGGAUGGGUGGGGGGAGGCGGGGGGCGUUGCCGCCGUCCAUGGGCUGGUCCUCCUGCACGUCGGUGAUGGUGCCGCGGCAGCCGGGCUGCCCGCACCGGCACGCCAUGUCCUCGUAGUGGGGGCCGUAGCUGGUGUUAAUUAAGCAUUAGCAACAGACAGGACAGAGGGAGUUUCCUUCUCCCCUGUGUGUGGCGUGUGGGUGAAGUGAGUGCGUGCGUACGUACCUGAAGGUGAGUGCCUCGUUGGCGGCCACGUCGCGGUUGGUGAAGAAACCCAGCACUGGCACCGUGUUGGCCAUGCUGCCACGGAAUACCACCUGCAGGCAUCCACGCAUCCCAUCCAUCCAUUCCAACCGUUGAUCCAUCCACUCCACACCACACAUCCAUGUGUGUCACAGCAAGUGUCAGUUCACCUUGACGUCCAUAUUGGGUCUGCAGGAGUGGUUGAUGAAUCGCGAGGCGUUGCCCAUGUGCAGCGAGUCGACGCAGGGGUACUUCCACGAGUCGCUGUUGUCGUCUGGCGUGACCAUCUCGAGGACGUAGUUGAGGAGCCCCAUGUGUUCGUUGCGCUGCACGCGGCACUGGACGUCGCCGUGCGUCACCACCUCACCCACAUACUCCAACACGUACUGACCCGAGGGGAUCGCCUCCUGACCGACCAUCAAACACAUGACAUUGCAAUGAGUGAGGGGAGGCAUGUGUGUGUUUGCUGGCUGUGGUGGGCUGUGGUGGUACCUGAGCAGCGAGCUCCCACCCCUUGUCCGUCGUCUUGCGGACGGCAACGCGGUACUGAAUGCCAGGGCUGUAGUGACUGUGAAAAGGAGAACAAGGCACACGAAGGGCGAAGGGUGUUAGUGUUAAGGGCCCGUGUGUCUGUCUUGUGUGCGUGAUGUGAUGUGCGUGUGCACUGUUCGUUCGCACCGGUUGGUGCAUGUGUUGGGGUCGCACGGGCACUUGGCCGAGCACUCGGCGCAGAACUUGGAGUAGUCGAUCGCCUCCAGAUUGCAGCCCAAACACCUCACCGAACCGUCAUCAGCACGGUAGCCCUUGCGAUUCCUGCACACACCGCACACCAACACACCACACCACACACACCAACACAAUACACCCUUCGCCCCUCCCUCCAUCAAUCCAUCCCUCCCUCCCGCCCUCGUGUGUUCAAGACUUACACAAAGCGGCUCUUGUCAGGGUCCUCGUCGGCCCCCUCCGGCGCACACCCGCAGCACACCUCCUCAAACACCAUGUCGGGCAUCUUGGUGAAGGCCACACACUCGGGGAUGUAUGUGAAGGUGGUCGGGGGCAGCUCGUCGUCCACUGUGUUGAUGCACGGCACCGGCAAGGCCUCCCGCCCCUGCGACACGUCAGCACGGGGAUCCCAGCCGGCCAGCGGCAGGUCCAUGACGAUGGCGACCGUCAUGGGUGUGCGGGCGGGCAGGCCGGUGGGCGUCUGGUGGUUGGGGAGGUACGGGUCCACGAUGUUGUCGGCCAGGCCCUCGGUGAUCGGGAUCAACUCCAUGAGCCCGUCCGGAUACUUGAGCUGCAGCUGGUACGGAUACACGCGGUGGCGCCGCAGCAGGGCCGCGUGGGGGUCCACACCACCACCACCACCCGCACCCUCCCCACCUCCCUGCCCCUCCCCCUCUCCCCCUCCCCACGCCGACUCGACCUUAGCGAGCCACUGCAGCGCCUCCGGUGAGUUGUUCCUCCGCGCGAGUGCCCUGAGCUUGCCCAGCAGCUGUGCGAAUGUGUCGAGGACGAUGAGGGAGACCUUGGCGUUGUGGUACUUGCCUUUGCCGUCCUUGCGUGGGAUGAGGACCUGCAGGUCUCGCUUCUUGACUGGUGCCAGGCCCUUCUGGAUCUUGGCGCGUUGGCUGGCGUGGUUCUGCGCGGUGGAGCGGACCUUGGGGGGAAGCUCGGGGCCGGGGAGGGAGAGGUCGUUGCGGGGAGGGGUGUAGCCCUGCUCCAUCGACUCCAUCACAUACUGGAUGGGAUGGACCACCCACACAACCACACAACCACACAGACACAUGACAUGCAGAUGGACGGAUGGAGGGAUGAAUGAAUGCGCAGCAUACAGUACAUGUGUGUGUGUGUGUCUGUGAGUGUGAGUGUGAGUGUGAGUGUGUUUGGCUGGCGUGGCUUACCAUCCACACGCGGUUGCGCUUCUGCCCCAUGGUCGAGUACGUGGCCGUGAUCUUGUACAGACCGUCGUAGCGGAACCCCCUGCACACACACACACACACAGAUGCAUAGAUGCAUGACCCGCCAUGUACACAGAGCCUCCGUUCUUAGUGUUGUGUGUGUGUGUGGGUGCCCCCCUGCUGACUGACGGACCAGUUGGGAGCGAAUGCCGAUGGCGCCUUGUAGCCGCGGAGGACGCGUACGGGGAGGUCGUGUGCGUAUGACUGCUGGAGGGCCUUGUUGCCCCUACUGCUGAGCUCCUGGUCGUUGCCGCUCUUCUCGCCACCCUCGCCCACGUAGUACAGCCGCCGACCCAGGUCGACAUCGUCAUCGUACCCACCAUUCACCUGGCACACACACACACACACACACACACACAUCGUGCUUUAUGUUGAGGGGCUGUGCAAUUAAUUGUGUGGUGUUGCUCGCUCACCACAAUGGCGUUGCCGACUAUCGUGCCAUCCUAAGGAUGAGAACGGACAACCAACAACACAUCGCACCCCACCAGGGUGAGUGAGUUGUCAUUCAUCCCAUUCCCCCUCCAUCCCUCCCUCCCUCAGUGAGUGCCCUCCCUCCCAGCUCAGCUGACCGUUUUACCUCGAGUUUGUCAGUCCCGAUGCCAUUGAUGGGGAGGGGGUGCAGCCCGUUGACGCAGAGGUUGCCGCGGUAGAGGAAAAUCUUGCCGGGCGGGAUGUCCAGGUGGGGCGUCCCGACCCGCUGCUUCACCUUGUCCCGGCCCAGCCACUGGUUGCACUCGCCCAUCGCAUCCAUCCCACCCUUGCCCUGCUGCACCUUCUCGUAGAACUUCUGCUCCAGGAACAGGCUCUUGUCCGCACGGCUGCGGGACCGGUAGAAGGUCUUGUCAUUCAGCUGCGCUGUGGUGAACAACGGCGCAGAGCCACUGCCACUGCCACUGCCAGCCGCUGCUGAUGCUGAUGCUGAUGCAGCUGCUGCCGCCAU